UAUUAAUAUUUGGCGAACGUGGAAUAUUCUUUAGUAUUUUUAUUUAAAUUGUAUAUAUAUGUGGUGUUAAGUACGUUAAGUAAAUUAUCGAACCGAAGAAAAAAACAAGUUUGUGAAUGAUCUUGGUUUGUUGUUUACAUUCUUCGUAGUUGCUUUGAUUUGACUAAAAACGUUAUUCUUGUGUGUUUUUGGAUUUCUGAGAUAAACAAUAAUUUAAAAAGUUUAUAUUGUAUUCAAGAUUUGAGCGUUUGAAGAAAUUUAAUGAAGAAUAUUACGUCGGGUUCACGAAAGGUGAUUUGUCAUCUUUGAAAAUAAGAUCCACCAGUCUGGCAAGAUAAACAAAGAUUCUUUAUUGGAGCCAUUUCAGUUGUCUGAUAAGAAAAGUGGUCGUUUUAAAUGAAUCUACCACUGACUUUACACUUGAAGAAAAUUAGUCAUGAGUCAGAAAACUAGAAAGAAAUUAACAUUGCGAUGUUACAGCUAGGCUAAGUUGUAGCCUAGUAAUUGUAUGUAGCAAAGAAUGUAAAAUAUAUUCAAAUAUAAUCAUAUCACCAAACAUAUCCUUAAUAUAUCAAUAUCAAGCAACGUGAACAUAUUUCCUUUGUUGAUGCUAGUCAUCUAUUUGUGAUUAUAGAUAGUAAAUAAUUUGCUCAAAAUUUAUUUUAAAUAUUUCCUAUUAUAAAUAGCUUUAUUUAAAAAAGGCGUUCAUACAUUGAAGAAUAAGUGAAAAUUUAAUAAUAAAAAAUAAAUUGGAGAUAAAAUAGUCAAGAGAAAUAUAGCCAAUAUGAAAUACUACAGCAUGUUCUUUCUUAGAAGAAGAACGUGGAUAUUAAAAGCUGUUCUAAUUUUGACUGCCCUCUGGUUUAUGAUUGCUUUAUUGACUACUAAUGGUGGUACGCGAAAUGCUAUCGGAGCACCCAAUAUUGAAUAUGAAGACGCAGAAGCUAAACCUCUUAAAAUGGCAAAGCCCACUUCAACGAAAAAGAAAAGUGAUCCAUAUAGCAACAACUUGUCUGACGCUCGAGUCAAUUGGAUGGGUCGGAUCGCGGGGAACGAAGGGUUAGGAGUAAUUGCUGCUCCUGGUUCGGACAACGCACCAGGCGAACUGGGAAAACCAGUCGUUCUGCCAUCUAAUAUGAGUGAGGAUGCAAAACUAGCGGUGUCCGAGGGAUGGAAAAAAAACGCCUUCAAUCAGUACGCCAGCGACUUAAUAUCGAUUAGACGGACACUACCCGACCCUAGGGACGAGUGGUGUAAGCAACCUGGUCGCUACUUAGAAGAUCUUCCGCAAACAUCUGUUGUUAUAUGUUUUCACAAUGAGGCGUGGUCAGUGCUUCUCAGAACUGUUCAUUCAGUUAUAGACAGAUCUCCUGCACAUUUAAUAAAAGAGAUUAUUCUCGUCGACGACUUUUCUGAUAUGCCACACUUGAUGCAACAACUCGAUGAUUAUAUGUCCUCGUUGCCGAAGGUUAGGAUAGUGAGAGCAACUCAACGCGAGGGUCUCAUUAGAGCGAGGCUGCUAGGUGCUAAGUACGUCACAGCACCAGUACUAACAUAUCUCGAUAGCCAUUGCGAAUGUACUGAGGGUUGGCUAGAACCACUUUUAGAUAGAAUUGCUCGCAACAAAACAAAUGUAGUGUGUCCUGUUAUCGACGUAAUUGACGACAAUACACUCGAGUAUCACUACCGAGAUUCAACUUCAGUAAACGUUGGUGGUUUUGAUUGGAAUCUACAAUUCAAUUGGCACCCGGUACCCGCAAGGGAGCGAGCUCGACACAAACAUACCGCUGAACCAGUAUGGUCUCCAACUAUGGCUGGUGGUCUCUUUGCUAUAGAUAAAGAGUUUUUUGAAAGACUUGGAACUUACGACAGUGGAUUUGACAUAUGGGGUGGAGAGAAUUUGGAACUGUCAUUCAAAACGUGGAUGUGCGGUGGCACUCUCGAAAUAGUUCCUUGCUCGCAUGUCGGUCAUAUAUUUAGAAAACGAUCGCCAUACAAGUGGAGGACCGGAGUUAAUGUUCUCAAGAAAAAUUCCGUCCGAUUAGCUGAAGUGUGGUUGGACGAUUAUUCAAAAUAUUAUUAUCAGCGGGUUGGCAACGACAAGGGUGAUUACGGUGAUAUUAGUGGUAGGAAGGAAUUAAGAGAAAAACUUAAGUGUAAAUCAUUCGAUUGGUACUUAAAGAACAUUUACCCAGAACUGUUCAUACCGGGAGAAUCCGUAGCCCACGGAGAGAUUCGAAAUAUCGGCUUCGAAAGGACAUGUCUGGACUCUCCGACGCGGAAGUCCGAUCAUCAUAAGCCAGUAGGACUAUACCCGUGUCAUCGGCAAGGAGGAAAUCAGUACUGGAUGUAUUCGAAGAAUGGCGAGAUCCGUCGCGAUGAGACUUGCCUCGACUAUUCGGGUCACGAUGUUGUUUUGUACCCCUGUCAUGGGGCCAAGGGUAAUCAAUUAUGGCUGUAUGACCCCACUACGAAGCUAAUAAAACACGGCUCUAGUGAAAAAUGUAUGGCGAUAUCGCGGAAGAAGGACAAGAUUGUAAUGGAAACGUGCAACGAAAGGGAGAAUAGGCAACAGUGGAAUAUGGAAAACUUUAAUGCUGACAGACUCAGUCCCGAACUGACGGCUGAGUAGCCGGAGGCCUAUGACGAAGUACUGUUCAUAUGAACGGACUGAAAGACAGUUAUUGUGAGAGUGUUAUAUGUUGAACACGUGCUUCAGAGUCUACGUGCGUUGAUGUAAUUAAUGAAAAUUCUACCGACGUUGAACUGUUAGAGGAGUCCGUUUUUUUUUUGUUCCUUUAGUAUACUUCAUCUCGGCCUAAUCUAUUUAGUUAGGUUUUAUGGAAUUUUAAUUUCUGUUAAUUUUUAACUUCUUCUCAUAUAAAUAAAUUUUAUCCAUCCCUUACAUGAUUUUCAUUUGUAUCAAGAUCGUAAUAGUAUUCAGUAUGAAGUAUUAUAGGAGCUAGAAUUUAAUGUUUACUGUACAUAUCUCGAUGCAUAUAUCUUUGUAUUAAUUGAAUUUUAUUACCUUAUUGUAUUUUUAUGGAUCACGUUGGUGUGAUGAUCUAGUUUCGGUAUAGGUUAUCGUAAUUUUCAUAUCUUAGUUAGUAAAUCGUUCUAGUGAAGAAUAUAUACAUGAAGUAAUGUAGUUAAGUAUUCCAACAAUAAAAUAUCACAUCACUUAUAAGUAAUUAAUUUUGUAAAGGUGAGUUCUUAAGAUAUUCUCUAUGAUUGAUUGCUUAUAUUUUUAAUAUUUUCAAAUGACUGAUUUUUGUUUGUGUAUAUAUAUUUUUUUUAAUAUAUUGUAUUAUUUUUUGGAGUUCAUAGAAUAAUUAAAUUUAAUUAUUUUCAUAGGAAAAUUUAAAAUUUUUUAAUUGCUUACCGUUAUCAUAUAUGAUAAAAUUAAAGGGUUCCAACAGAGAACCCUGCGGAACACCAAGUCAAUAUAAGGUUAUUGGAGUAUAACUUUUUUCGUUUGUCAAUUAUUGCAUCACAUAUAUAUAUAAUAAUUUAUUAUAUUUCAUAUUGAAGCACUACAGAUAUUUACAUAUAUUUCUUUCUAUAACUAUGUCACUUAACUUUUUUAUUUUAUGACGUAAGUCACUGAUUUUUCAGAUGCUCUGUUUUUUGUUCUUUUAUUAGUCGUAAUAUUUUAAUGGUUUACCUUUUGACAAUAUUCAAUACAUUCCAGUUUGUGAUUUUAAACUUUUACAUAGUAAACUGCCAGUUCGAUAUGUUAGUGUAAGUUUGUAAAGAUUUUAGUAUAUAACACCUUUUAUUGCUCAAACAGCAAAGAGGUUCCAUACCAAUAAAGUAAAAAUUUAUGUGCCAGUAGUUUGAAUGUAUCGAUAAAUUUCCAUACAAAUGUAACAAAAAUUUUAAUUAACGCGUGAGUUGUAUUAUUAUCGUACUCUAUGUAAUAUUUUAGUGUACAUUAUAAUGGAAUACUGAGAGGCUGUUUUUAGUUGUAUAUAAGACGGUAUUAGGGAAAAUAAUAUAUUUUUGUUUGAAAUUUAUUUUAUCAGUAUAUGCCGAAAGGUAUGAUUAUCGUGAAGUUUUUUUUAUGUUGGAAAAUAUAUAUAUUGAAAUACUACCUGUAGCUUGAAAUUCAAAUAAAUGUGGCAAACUAAAAAGUCUAUAUGUAAAAAAGAUUAAUUCCUAACUUUUUUUCCAUUAGUAAUGUUUAUAACUAUAAACGUAAUAAUAGUUCUCGUUGGUUUAAGACGUUAAUGUGCCUUAUAUAUUUACGUAAAAUUGAUGUUAAAAUUUCUGUAAAUAAUGCAAUGUCUCCUGUAUAAAAUGCGUAAUGUUAGUUGAUAUAGAAUUUGUAAAAUAAAGCGUAUGUUGGAUUUGUA